AUUUAUAUAUUUAUUGAUCUCGAAUGGAUUCGUAUUUGGCAAACAUAGACACUUACAUGAAGCAACAGCAGCAGCAGGAGAUGCUGAAGAGACAAAGAGAACAACAACUUCUGCAACAGCAACAUUUGCAGCAACAAAGACAGAAUAUCGGCUUACAGCCGUCUCAACAAAUGAAUGACGACUGGUUAAGAAAUAUGUCAAAUUUAUCUGUUGCCCCUGAUACUGCACCUUUGUACUCUAACCCUACACUUUAUAUGAAUGCACCUGCUAAUGCUGCUUUCAACCCUCAUGUCAUGUCAAAUAAUUACGCCAUUCCUCCUCCAGUCAAUUAUUUACAACCUACUCAACCGCCUGAAGGUUUUGACAUAAAUGGACAACCUAUUCGAAUCCGAAAGAAGCCGGGAAGAAAGCCCAACCCUGCAUCACCAGCAUUACGCAAGGCACAAAACAGAGCAGCCCAGAGAGCCUUUCGGGAGCGAAAAGAACGUCAUCUAAAGGAUCUAGAAACAACCAUUCGUAAUUUGCGGGAGCAGCGUAACAAUGCUACACGGGAAUUGAAUGCCUUGAAAGGAAAUUUAGAGUCUUACAAGGCCGAAAAUUGGUAUUUAAAGGGCGUUGUCUUAACACUUCAAUUUAUUUGCAUGCACCACAAUAUAAAUAUUCCAACUCAUUCACCCUAUCUAUCUGAAGAUGCCCUAGCAAAAAUGGCACAGACUGCUCCACAUGCUAUUGAAGCAUAUGUUAACUCUUACACAAGAAAUAAUUUUAACUUGAAAUCAACCAUGUCUUAUCAUUUCGUAGAUAAGGACCAACAAGACCGAGAACCUUCUGCUACUGAAUCUCCUCAUCCUUAUGAAGAAGAGCAUGAUGAAUCUAUGGACUACAAUGAGCAUAGUGAUGAUGAAUUUGACUCUUACUCUUCUCCACCUCCUCCACCACCACAGCUACAAAAGCAAGAAACUAUCAAGCAAGAAGAUAACAAUAGACUAGAUUGGUUAAACAAAUUACAAGACGAACCAGUGAAAGAAAUGUCUUCACAACCUCCUGCAUCUAGUUUAGAUGCUAUUCAGCAAAUUCGUCUUAAAUUGGGAGUCCAGUCAACAUUAAAUAACGCUGACGACCAGGCUGCUGCUAGAUUGAAACCAACUAUUCUCCAACUGGCUAUUCCCCAUGAUCCUCGUAUUGAUUUGGUACCUACACCCCAUAUGCGUGAUCGUAUGAUUAUUUUCAGAGACCAAAUGGAUUAUGAUAGAUGCUUUACCAUGAUGUUAAAUGAAGCGGUGUAUCACGGUGGGGAUCCUACCAUGAGUGAAAGUUGGGAAUUACCAGCUGAUUUCUUUAGUGAAUUCUGGUAUCUGACCAUUGAUUAUGAUAUCAAGAAAACAAACAAAUGGCGCCGUAAGAAGGGCUUGUCUGAUGUAGCGCCUGGCCCUCAACAACAAGAUACCACUAGAUCCAUAAACUGGCCUACCAUGAUGCAACAAGGAGGUGCCAUGGGUGAGUUCUGGAAUGACGAAGAUUUUGACCAAAUCGUCAAAGGCAUGCCUAGUUUACAACCCAUGAAUCAACAAGGAUACCCCUUAUCUCCUCCAAGCAAAUUAGCACCCAUGACGCCAAACAGCCCAUAUAGUGACUCACCCAAGUCAAUGUAUUCAAGAUUAAUGUCCGCACCAGAAUCAAGGCAACGGAUACAAUCUCCAAGUUUGGAAAAUAUGAUUGAGUUAAUCAAUCGAGACCUUGAAGAAAACUAAUUUAUUAUUAAACAAAAACACACUGAAAAAAAAAAUGCCUGUAAAUAGACAAUAAUAAAUCAUCACACUCAUAGUAUUCCA